AUGGCAGCAAUGCAAUGCAGAAGCUUGAGUUACAAGUUCAACAGUUUGCUAGGAGGAUAUUGAUUUUCCACUCUAGGAAGAUCAAAGGAGCAAAACGACAACGCUCUCUCAUCUCGCACGCUUCACUGGACGCUCUGUCUCGGCCAUCGACUAGGAAGUACACCGGUUUCCGGCGAGAUUCCGGUUAGAUCCGACGGAUGAGAGAGAUCUCAAGUGAGGUUUGAGAGGAAGGCGAGAUGGGACACACGAAUCCGACCUCGAAGAAGCACGGGAGCCGGUGGAAAUUCCUCGACCUCGUCUCGUUAGCCUUCUUCGUGGCCGUGGGGGUGUUCUUCCUCCUGGUGUUCACUAGGCUCGGCGACUCACUCGCCGCGUCCGGCCGGCAGGCGCUUGCGCUGUCCGCGACGGACGCACGGCAGAGGGCGAGGCUCGUCGCGCUCGUGGAGGAAGGGCAGCCGUUGGAGGCCUGCCCGGCUGACGCCGUGGACCACAUGCCCUGCGAGGACCCCCGCAGGAACAGCCAGCUCAGCCGCGAACGCAACUUCUACCGCGAGCGUCACUGCCCCAUGCCAGAGGAAUCUCCGCUCUGCCUCAUUCCUCCGCCUUCUGGCUACCAGAUCCCCGUCCCCUGGCCGGAUAGUUUGUAUAAGAUAUGGCACAGUAACAUGCCUUACAAUAAAAUUGCUGAUAGAAAGGGCCAUCAAGGCUGGAUGAAAGAAGAUGGACCAUAUUUUGUCUUUCCAGGUGGAGGCACGAUGUUCCCAGAUGGUGCUGUAUCAUAUAUUGAAAAACUAGGCCAGUACGUACCUAUUGGUAAACAUACAAUUAGAACAGCUCUGGAUAUGGGUUGUGGGGUUGCUAGUUUUGGAGGAUUCUUGCUUAGUAAAGAAAUAUUGACUCUUUCAUUUGCUCCAAGAGAUUCUCACAAGUCUCAGAUACAAUUUGCUUUGGAAAGAGGAAUACCAACAUUUGUUGCAAUGCUUGGUACUCGUCGCUUGCCAUUCCCUGCAUAUGCAUUUGACUUGGUUCACUGUUCCCGAUGCCUUAUCCCCUUUACUGCAUACAAUGGGACAUACUUUGUUGAGGUGGAUCGCCUGCUUCGACCUGGAGGAUAUCUGGUUAUUUCUGGUCCUCCUGUACAGUGGGCUAAACAGGAUAAGGAGUGGGCAGACCUUCAGGCUGUGGCGCGUGCAUUGUGUUAUGAAUUGAUUGUUGUGGAAGGGAACACUGCAAUAUGGAAAAAGCCUGUGGGAGAUUCCUGUUUGCCUAACCAAAAUGAGUUUGGGCUUGAUUUAUGCAGUGAAGCUGCUAACCCAAGUUAUGCUUGGUAUGUCGAACUGGAAAAUUGUGUCAGCAGAUUGACAAAUAUGGAAGGAGAUUAUGCAGUUGAAUCCCUUCCAACAUGGCCCCUUAGAUUAAAUAAACCAUCUCCACGUGUUGCUCUCACGAGUAGAGCUGGUCUCUUUGAGGCUGACACAAAGCGGUGGGUCAGGCGGGUUGCAUACUACAAGUCUUUAGGCUUGAAGCUUGGAACUCCAAAAGUCCGCAAUGUUAUGGACAUGAAUGCAUUUUUUGGGGGCUUUGCAGCUGCCAUUAUCUCAGAUCCUGUUUGGGUCAUGAAUAUUGUUCCUUCCCAUAGCCAUUCCACACUGGGUGUAAUUUUUGACAGAGGUCUUGUGGGUGUCUAUCAUGAUUGGUGUGAAGCAUUUUCUACCUACCCUCGGACCUAUGAUGUUAUUCAUGUGGUGAAUAUUGAUUCUUUGAUAAGAGAUACAAGAACAGGAAAUUACAGAUGCAAUCUUGUUGAUCUCAUGGUGGAGAUGGAUCGAAUUCUGCGGCCAGAAGGGACUGUUAUUGUGCGUGAUUCACCAGACAUGAUCAAGAAGGUAGCUCGGAUAUCUGGUGGUAUAAGAUGGACUUCAAGCAUAUACAAAACAGAACCAGGAUCUACUGGAAAUGAGAAAAUUCUUGUGGCAACCAAAACUUUCUGGAAACUGCCAGGAGCAUCCUAAUUCCGUCCCUGUGCCAAUGCCCCAAGCACGUCCUUUGCAAAUUAUUAUGCAAAGCUUGAUUCGGCUUGCCAAGUGCGAAUGAUAACUAAAGCUUGUCUUUCAGACUCCCAUAUGUAUCACAGGGCAUAAUUUUCUAUAAGAAGCCUUUCGUGAGAGCAGGUUCGUGAAGAAUCACCAAACUAAAGAGGGCGACUGAUUUGUAUCUAUUGGUGGAAACAAUUUGAGUAUUUUAAUCAAAAUUUUGACAUCACCGCUUGCUAGUACACAA